AAGAUCUCACCAUUCAGUUACAAUUCACAAAGUCAAUCUGGAGACAGUGAAACCAACAGUUGUGCAUAAUGGCAAAGUUCAUCAGCUUCUCUCUUAUUGUGGCGGUGGCUGUCUUCUUCAUUGUCGCCUCAACCCCGGCUCAUGCUGACGCUGAUCCAGUUGUGGAUCAUGUCCGUCAGACCCGAGUAAUCUGCGAUCUUCUGGGUCUGGGUGACAGUGGUUGCUCUGCUCGCUGCAUUGUGCAAGGGAAGAGGGGCGGAUGGUGCGAAAAAGGAGUCUGCAACUGUCGCAACUGAAUGAAAUUCUCUUCGACGAUUAUAUUAUUGUAACAUUCCAAUGUGUUGUGCAUCAUCAUUAUGAUUAUUAUGAUGAUUAUGAAUGAUUAAAUAUAUUAGGAUUAAAAAUUA